AUGGACGAUUCGAUCAUGGAUGAUUCGGUCUUCGACAUUGACAGCGACGGGGGCAGCUCUGACUUUGUUCCAGAAGUCGCACCAAAGGCGAAGGCCGCUCCGAAGAAGGCGCCUGUUAAAUCCGCGCCCAAGAAGACAACCCAGACUACUCUGAAGGCUAAGCCUGCUGCCAAGGCUGCCCCGAAGAAGAAGGCUAAGGCCGACAGUGAGGAUGAGAUAUCCGAUGUUCAAAUGUCCGAUGACGAUUCACUCUCUCAAACCCCUCCCAAGGCCAAGAAGGCUGCCGCUCCAAAGAGAGCACCCUCGAAGCCUCUUGCGGAUGUGGAAAAUGAGUCUUUUGGCGGAGAUGCCCCCUCCGAUUCCAAGAACGGCAAUGCGUCAGAGAAGUACCAGAAACUAACACAACUCGAACACAUCAUCAAACGUCCCGACACAUACAUUGGAUCGAUUGAAGCCACCACACAGAACAUGUGGGUUUACAAUUCCACGACCGAGUUGAUGGAGAACCGCGCAGUCACUUUUGUCCCUGGUCUUUACAAGAUUUUUGACGAGAUCAUUGUCAAUGCUGCCGAUAACAAACAUAACGACAAGAACAUGAAUGAGAUUCGUGUGACUAUCAAUCGCGAAGAGGGUGAGAUCAGUGUGUGGAACAACGGUCGUGGUAUCCCCAUCGAGAUCCACGCCAAGGAAGGAAUUUAUGUCCCCGAACUUAUUUUCGGUCAUCUUCUCACCUCGUCCAAUUAUGAUGAUACCCAAGAGAAGGUGACUGGUGGUCGCAAUGGAUUUGGUGCCAAGCUCUGUAACGUAUUCUCUAACGAAUUUUCUCUUGAAACCCAAGAUUCACGUCAGAAGAAGAAGUACAAGCAAGUCUGGACAGCAAAUAUGUCCAAGGUUGCCAAAGCAAAGAUCACGGAUGCCAAAGGUGACGACUACACCAAGGUUACCUUCAAGCCUGACUUUGCCAGAUUUGGCAUGACUGGAAUUGAUGAUGACUUUGAGGCUCUGGUGAAGCGUCGCGUCUAUGAUUUGGCGGGUACAUCCGGCGUCGCUGUCAAGCUUAAUGGCACGCGCGUUCCCAUCCGGAAUUUCAAGCAGUAUAUGCAGAUGUACACCAAGGCAAUUCGCUUGGACCGUGGUGAUGAUGGCCCGCCCGCCAAAGACGAAAUCAUUACCUGCAGCCCUGACCCACGCUGGGAGAUUGGUUUUGCUGUCUCCGACGGUGAUUUCCAACAGGUUUCAUUUGUAAACUCCAUUGCGACCACGUCUGGUGGAUCUCACGUGAACUACAUCACCGAUCAGAUCUGUAACAAGCUGGCGGAUGCCGUCAAGAAAAAGAACAAGACCGGUGCCACACUGAAGACUGCUCAAAUUCGGAGUCACAUCUUCAUCUUCGUCAAUGCUCAGAUUGUCAACCCGGCCUUCACAUCCCAGACCAAGGAGCAAUUGACUACGAAGACUAGCCAGUUUGGUAGCAAGUGUGUCUUGGAGGAGGAUUUCUAUAAGAAAGUCCUCAAGACCGAGGUCAUGACCAACAUUUUGCAUUUUGCCGCCCAAAAGGCAGAUCAAAUCCUGAAGAAGGGUGACAGUGGCCGUCGCUCCCGCAUGACCAACCCUAAACUAGUUGAGGCUAACAAAGCGGGCACUAAAGAUGGUCACCACUGUACGCUUAUUUUGACGGAAGGUGACUCCGCCAAGGGUUUGGCAAUGGCUGGACGUGCGGUUGUUGGCCCGGACCUAUUUGGUGUCUUUCCCCUGCGUGGAAAGCUUCUCAAUGUUCGCGAUGCGUCUUUUGACCAGAUUUCAAAGAACGCGGAAAUCCAAAACAUUAAGAAUUUCAUUGGAUUACAACACAAGAAAGAGUAUACUGAGACCAAGGGUCUUCGUUACGGUCAUUUGAUGAUCAUGACCGAUCAGGAUCAUGACGGUAGUCACAUCAAGGGACUGCUCAUCAACUUCCUUCAGGCGCAAUUCCCUAGUUUGCUCAAGAUCCCCGAGUUCCUGAUUGAGUUCAUUACGCCUAUCAUCAAGGUCUGGAAGGGUGACCCGAAGAACCCUACCAAGUCGAGGGCGUUUUUCACCAUGCCUGAGUAUGAAGCCUGGCUGGAGACCCACAAAGGCGAGCGUGGUUGGGAACAUAAGUACUACAAGGGUCUGGGUACCAGCUCCACGGAGGAUGCCCAGGUUUACUUUCGAGACCUUGAUCGUCACUUAAAGGAGUUCCACACUAUGCAGGAUCAUGAGGCAGAACUCAUUGACCUGGCUUUCUCGAAAAAGAAGGCAGACGAGCGAAAGGAAUGGCUGCGUCAGUACAAGCCUGGUACCUUCCUGGAUCAUUCCAUGGCCAAGAUCUCCUACACCGACUUCAUCAACAAGGAGCUCAUUCUUUUCAGUAUGGCGGACAACCAGCGGUCCAUUCCCUCGGUGGUCGAUGGUCUGAAGCCCGGUCAGCGAAAGGUGCUUUAUGCCUGUUUCCGCCGUAACUUGAAGAAGGAUAUGAAGGUUGUGGAACUGGCUGGUCUCGUUUCAGGAAUGACUGCCUACCAGCACGGUGAAACCUCACUCCAGCAAACUAUUGUUGGUUUGGCUCAGACUUUCGUUGGCUCGAACAAUAUCAACUGUCUCGAGCCCAGUGGAAACUUCGGUAGUCGACUCCAAGGUGGUAGCGAUUGUGCUAGCGCUCGUUACAUUUACACUCGCCUCUCACCUUUUGCACGCAAGGUUUUCAACCAGGCUGACGAGCCCCUCCUGACAUACAACAUGGAUGAUGGCAAGAAGAUUGAACCCGAGGUCUACAUGCCGGUUGUCCCCAUGGUUUUGAUCAACGGUGCCGAUGGUAUUGGAACCGGUUGGAGUUCUUCUAUCCCCAACUACAAUCCCGAGGACAUUGUGAGAAACCUUAAAGCCUUGAUGGAUGGUCAGCCCACCGAGCCCAUGCAGCCCUGGUUCCGUGGCUUUACCGGCGAGGUUGUCUCCAUGGGUGGAGACCGUUUCAAGUUCAGUGGAAUUAUCAAGGAGACCGGAGACAAGGAGGUUGAAAUCACCGAAUUGCCCAUCCGCACCUGGACCCAAGACUUUAAGGACAAGUUGGAGGAAAUCAUUAAGGCUGACAAGGCGCCUUCCUUCAUCAAGGACUACAAGGAUUACAACACCCACAGCAAGGUCCAUUUCAUUAUUCAGCUGGAUGAGAAGAAUAUGAAGACAGCCCUAUCCGAUGGCCUUGAGGAGAAAUUCAAGCUCACUAAAACCAUCGGUACCACUAACAUGGUUGCAUUCGAUCCGGAAGGCCGCAUCACCAAGUAUGCCACUGUUGAUGAUAUUCUCAAGGAGUUCUUCCACAUCCGUCUCAAGUACUAUGAGAAGCGUAAGCAGCACCAGCUGUCAGAGCUUCAACGGGAAUUGGAGAAGCUGAGCAACCAGGCCCGCUUCGUGCAGAUGAUCAUCGAUGGAAAGCUGAAGAAGGCAAUCCUCAUCGCCGAGUUGAAAGAGAAGGGCUUCAAGCCGUUCCCAAAGGUGGUUGAUGCCGCCAAGAUGGGCGAGGAGGAAGAAGUUGUAGAAGAGGGCGAGGAAUCCGAGGACGCUGAGGUGGAAACACUGUCAAGCGCCUAUGAUUAUCUCCUUGGCAUGUCCAUGUGGUCGCUGACCCAGGAGCGUGUCGAGAAGCUCCGCCGCCAGAUUGGCGACCGUGAGACCGAGAUCGAUCUUUUGAUCAAACUCUCCAAGGAGGACAUUUGGCGCAAGGAUCUGGAUGACUUCAUUGCUGAGUGGCGCUUCCAGCUCGAAGAUGAAGAUCGCCGUGCGCGCAAGGCAUUGGGCGCAGGUCGCCGUGCUUCUUCAAAGCUAAUGACUGGCGGAGGUCGUGCUCCCGCUUCUCGCAAGCGUAAGGUUGCAAACGGCGAUGAUCCGGAUGAUGAAGACUUUGGGGGACCAAAAACCAAGAAGGCUGCGGCACCCAGGAAGAAAAAAGAGACGGCGCCCAAGACGAAUAGUCUCGCUAAUUUCCUCAACCAAUCAUCGAGUAAACCAACUCCCUCAUCUGGUGACGGAAACGCCGACUCGGAUGAUGACUUCGACCUGGAAGUGCUUCCCAAGAAGAGCCGUGCUGCGUCAGCAAAGCCCAAGCCCACGCCACCCAAGGAUGAGGAUAUAGACGUGGAUAUGGACUUUGAGGAGGCGCUAGCACCCACCACUACCGCUCCGGCUGAUGACGAUAUCUUCAAUAUCGACAGCGAGCCUGAAGAGGCUCCGAAGCCAAAGCCUGCGGCGAAGCGGGGAGCCAAGGCCAAGCCCGCGGUAGAGGACUCGGAUGAUGACUUCCUCGAGAUUGCAAACGAAGCCCCCAAGCAGACCUCUAGCCGUGCCCGCAAGCCCGUGAAGUAUGAUGCUCCCAGCGACUCUGAGAGCGAUAACGGAGACGACCAUCUUGGCGAUGUCAGCCUCAUGGUGAAGGGCAUCGGUGGCGGCGAUUCGGAUUCUCGACAGCUCUUCUCCGAGCGGUCCCGCGCCGGAAGUAGCGCUAGCAUGAUGGCGCCUGCUAAGCAGUCCAAGAUAAGCGAGUUCGAUGCGGACGAGACUGACUACAGCAAACUUAUCCCUCAGAAUUCACCCCGGCGCUCGCUACUAGUCAAGCCGAAGGAUGUUUCUCGCAUUGAAGACGACGAAGAGAUGGAGGAGGCAGCGGCGGAGGAUGAGGAAGAGGAGGAGGCACCGGUCAAGCCUGCUGGCAGGGGCAAGGCUGCCCCCAAGGCCAAGGCUGCUCCUAAGGCGGCCGCAAAGCCUAAAGCCGCUCCCAAGGCCAAAGCCGCUCCUAAGGCUGCAGCUUCUGCCCCCAAGCCGCGUGGUCGUCCCAAGAAGGAUGCUGCUGCACCUGCCGCUCAAUCCGCCCCACCAGCCUUGUCUCCAGCUGCCAAGGCCUACGCUUCAAAGCAAGCCAAGGCGAAGAAGCAGCCCAAAGAUGAUUACUCCGAGGAUGAUAUUGAUGCCAUGGCCAACGACAUCUUGGACUCCCCUGCCGGCAAGCUUGAUGCUGCCUCGGACGAUGAUGAACCUCCUGCUCCUCGUCGUGCCGCGGCCAGUCGUCCUUCCCGCCGCACUGCGACCCAAGCCAAGAAGAGUUAUGCCAUUGAUAUUGACAGUGACGACAAUGAUGGCUCGGCUGAUGAUUUCGAGGACGAUGAUAGCGAGUAA